GUGGUCGAGACAGGAUAUCAGAUCACACUCGGGAAAGUGAGUCAAAUCCAAGGGUCUAUAAAAUGUUGCCAAUGGCGGGGCACUAGAACCCCGCCGUUGUAUGUAAGUCGGCGAGCCACUGCCCACAAUGGCGACUCCAGCGACUUAUAUCACAAAAUCCAUCCAGGCCGAGGAUGAGGACGAGUGGGAAUAUGAGUACUCGGCCACGGAAACCGAGACCUACUAUCUCACUCUUGACUUGCCAGUCCGAGAUUUCAAUAAAAAUAGGGAUGAAAUAGUUCAUAAUACCCGCGGCGGGUAUCGUGUGUGGUUCAAUCCGAAUUUCAAUGGACCAGAUGACGAGGAGACGGGCCGCCCCUUGGACCAGGAUGAAUUUGACGCCAACAACGCCGAGAACGACACAGAACAUGGAGGGCUCAACGAUGGCGACGAUGAUGACGAGUCGACCAUGGGGGGUGGAAGGCCGAAUCGUCUACUACAAGAGAAACGAGCGGCCUCGGGUGAAGCACAAGAGCCAGGGGAUUCCUCCACGAUCGAGCCUGAACAGAUCCAGAUCUUGGGGCUACACUCGAAACAUCCUCUCAUCUCGUACCGUGGCACGAUACUUCGCGGUUCAUGGGCCGAAAAUAUUGGCACGGAGAUGAUAUUUGCAUCCCAUGACCCUCAAGGCAGCCUUCCCGUGCUUCGUCACCUCUCUGAGGAUCUGGACCUCAUCGCAGCAUCUAGUGCGCGAGUCAACUUCAACCACGUCGAGUUGAAACCAAAUCAGGAGGAACAGUCUACGGGGGCCGAAGAUAAAAUUGGACGGUAUCAACAGAACGGCGGUGUUUACAUUCACGUCCACAGCGAUAAAUUCGGAACACGGCGGCCACAGGCCGACUUCCUGGAAGACCUGACGACGCUGAAGCGCAAACGAGGCGAGCCGGACGAUGUGACAAUAAUGCCCCAGGACACGCCCCACAACCAGCUCCUAGAAGAGGAUGCCGAUGAGGAAAUAUAUCGGAACAAACUGGAAAAGGACCGAGUACGGCGCCUGCACCAGAAGAAGCUUGAUGCUGGAGAGCAGGCCCCAGGUGAUGGAGAAAACGGCCCAACAACGCCACAACGCGGUCGCCGACGCAGGGGUAAACGCUCUCGCUGGGGAUAGGAGACAAAGAAGACCGAGUCCAAAUCUACGCCCUCAAAAUAGAACGAAUCGCCGGGCCUGGUUCCCAGGAGCCGGGAGCCGGAGGUCAGGUGGCGAUUCUG